AUGAGCUACGUUGCUGAUCAUGGGGCUUGGGCACAGCGAAUUCAACAAGAAAUGUCUGCUUAACAUCGAUCCCUUUAGCACUUCCUGGCUAGAAGAACAAUGAGCAAGGAUGAGUCAAAUAACCCUCAGAACAACUUAUUCAACAACUCAUACUCACAUGCUACCAGACCUUAGUUUUUAGAACAAAAAGAAAAGACUUAAUAGUAUAGAAUUCAAGAUCCAACGACAUAGUACUAUAACAGAUAGGGGGCCAAGCAAAAUGUAUGGAAGAGUCUAUAAUAGAUUAAUUAGGGAAUUAACUAUGAUUCCGAUGAUAAUAUUAUUGAUCCAGUUGAAGCGAUGAUUAGAGCAGAUAACGAACAAAGAGGGAAUGAGGAAGAUGAUUAAGGGUAUGCAAGGCUAUUCAGAUCGAAUAUAGGCUAACGACUAUUUCAGAUGAAUUAAAGAAUCAUGGGACCUGCGAACGGACCAGCUUUUCCUCAUAAUGCUACUUUUAAUUAGGUAGGUGGAAGUGGAAAGAACAAACUGAAUAUGAGUGGCUAUGCCUUUGGUGGUAGCAGUAGCAUUGUUCACUCUCCAUUCAAAAGAGUAUUCACUAAUCAUGGUCUUAAUGAUACCUUGAAUCAGAAGGGGUUAGGAGGAAGAAGCAUAAGAGACCAAUAGCCUUCAUAACUCAUUUAGUCUGACUAGAAUGCGAGUGUUAGAAGGUCUCUUGAUUCAAGAAGAAGCCAAAUUUAGGAGUUGGCUUAGAAAAUUAAACAGCAAAAUAAUCACUCAAGUUAAAAGUCUAAGCGUGUGCUUAGCAUUCAGGAAAACAAUCAAAUUGGAAACACCAGAGCUGAAAUUUAUAAUGUUGUAGAGAAAAAUGCUAGAAGCGGUACCUAGUCUGUAAAGAGACUCAGUGACAAACCCAGAUUUAACGAGAACUUAGACUAAGAGAUUUCAACUUAAAAGUCGACAACAUUCAGAUCCAACAUCACGAGGCAUAACUUGAAUUAACUUGCAGAGAAUGAGUACAAACAAGGAGAUGAAGAUAUUAAAUCAAAGUUUUCCUCCUUAAGAAGCCAGAAAUUGUCUCAAAAAAGCAAGAGAGACCUAAUGAGUAGCUAUAAGGAUCUGUAAUAGUCUAAUUCAAAGAAUAAUUUAGACAGACAAUCUAUGAACUCAAGUAAGAUUAGAACUUCACUUUCAAAGGUGAGAGGAAAAUUGAUCGAAGCUAUUAGAAAACUCGACAAGGAUAAGCUUAAGGAAGUGACAGAAAAAAUGAAUAUUAUAACAAAUCCAAAUGACUUAGAACUUCUUUAUUUAGAUGACAAAGACAAGCUUAAUAAAGUUGAAGUGGAGGAAGAUAUAGACGAUGAUGAUAUUUUUGUUGUGGGUAAUCAGAAUGCGAAGCCAGGCUAAAACCAAAACAAAUAAGAGAUAGAUAGAGUUACUGAAAGUGAAUUGAAAAUUAUUAAUAACUUUGACAAGCAAUCUAAUUACAGAGGUGAGGAUAUUGACGAGAAAUAUUACCAGUUGGAAUAGCAACUCAGAUAAGAGCAGCAGAUGAGGUAGAAACUUGAAUAGGACAUAAGUAAUCUUUAGAAGCAGUUCUUUAAUUAGUAUGAAUCUCAAAAAUCUUCGAAAUCAGGCAAAAGCAGAGUAAGGAAUGAGGAAUAGCAAAUCUAGCUGCCUAAGUAUGCCAACUAUAUGAGAAGUAGGUAUGACCAUACUGACGCCAAAGAGGCAUUACACAAUUUAGCAUCUUAAGAUGGAGGUAAAGUGCUCAGUAUGAAGAGCAAACCAUAAUCCUGA